AGAGAAUCAGCCAUUCCGAGGCGGAGCCCGAAUUGUGUCCCAUUUUCUAUCUCCAUUUUCUCCAUUCCCUUUCUUUCCCUUUUCCUUCCCUCUAUAACCCUCUACACAUAAUUCACAAUGAGCAACGAAACAAACGGUACCCCGGAGCGUUUCGCUAUCGGUAUCUCUUUUGGCAACACCUCCAGUUCCAUUGCCCGCAUCAACCCUGAGGGCAAGCCGGAAGUUAUCGCCAACGAAGAAGGAGAUCGUCAAAUUCCUUCCGUCCUUUCAUACAUUGAUGGUGAGGAGUACCACGGUACUCAAGCCAAGGCCCAGCUGGUCCGCAACUCCAAGAACACUGUCGCAUACUUCAGAGAUUACCUUGGCAAAGACUUCAAGUCGAUAGACGCUACACCAUGCCAUAACUCGGCGCAUCCUCAGCCUCACGAAUCUACCGUUGCUUUCUCCGUUGUGGACUCUACCAACGAGACCCCCAGCACUGUCACCGUCUCCGAGAUUGCCACCCGCCAUCUUCGUCGUCUGAAGCAGUCCGCCUCUGACUAUCUCGGCAAGGAGGUCAAUGCCGCUGUUAUCACUGUCCCUACUGACUUCUCCGAUGCCCAGCGCGAGGCUUUGACGGCCUCCGCUAAGGCUGCUGGCCUUGAGGUCCUGCAGCUCAUCCAUGAGCCUGUUGCCGCUGCCCUGGCUUACGAUGCCAGACCCGAGGCUACUGUUACUGACAAGCUUGUUGUCGUCGCCGACCUCGGUGGUACCCGAUCUGACGCUGCUGUUCUUGCUUGCCGUGGUGGCAUGUACACUAUCCUCGCAACUGCUCAUGACUACGAGCUGGGUGGAGCUUCGUUGGAUAAGAUCAUCAUCGACCAUUUCGCCAAGGAGUUCAUCAAGAAGCACAAGACCGAUCCUCGCGAGAACCCUCGUGGUCUCGCCAAGUUGAAGCUCGAGGGUGAGGGUGCUCGCAAGACCUUGAGCUUGGGUACCAACGCCAGCUUGAGCAUUGAGAGUCUCGCAGAUGGCAUCGAUUUCGGCUCCACCGUCAACCGUACUCGCUACGAACUUCUCUCCGGCAAGACCUUCGCCCAGUUCACCGGCUUGAUUGAGCAGGUUAUCCAGAAGGCUGGCUUGGAUGUCUUGGACAUUGACGAGGUUAUCUUCGCUGGUGGUUCCUCUCACACCCCUAAGAUCGCCCAGCUUGCCCGCAACAUCUUCUCCGAGAAGACUAAGAUCCUUGCCCCUUCGACCUUCACUGGCGCCAUCAACCCCUCUGAGCUGGCCCCCAGGGGUGCCGCCAUCCAGGCCUCUCUUAUCCAGGAGUUCGAGCAGGAGGACAUUGAGCAGUCUAUCCACCCCAUGGUCACUGCCACUCCUCACCUGAAGAACGCCAUCGGUGUCGAGUUCACCUCUGGUGAGACCGUCGAGUUCCAGCCUCUCCUGAACACUGAGACUGCCCUCCCCGCUCGUCGUGUCGCUCAGUACAACGCCCCCAAGGCCGGUGGCGACGUUUUCAUUCGCGUCUGCGAGGGUGUCCGCGAGAUCAAGGUCACCAAGCCUGAGCCUAAGCCCAAGGAGGAGAAGCCCAAGACUGAGGACGACGAGGACGACUCCGACUUCGACUCUGACGAGGAUGAGGAGGAGAUCCGCGAGAUCGUCUGGAAGACUGAGAAGCCCAUUGCCGAGCUUGCCGUCAAGGGCGUCAAGGCCGGCAGCAAGGUCGAGCUGAUGGUCCACGUCAAUGCCGACCUGGGUCUGCAGAUUACCGCUCGCGAAGUCGGCGGCCAGAACGCCGUCCGCGGUGCUGUGCAGGCUGCUUAAGUCUUUCGUCGGUAAUAUAUAACCUAUUUUCCUCCUAUCUUCAGACGCACCUCACGGUUAAUGCUUUGCUCUUUCCCAAUGGAUUUAUUAGAACAUCAAAUUUUUAUUAGACAUCAUGCACUUCCUUUCUAUCUCUACUGCGUCAUAUCCUCGUCUUGAUGUGAUCGGUUCAUGAGAAGAGAUUCUGGAUAGGAAAGACCUUCUAUCUUGGACGCGUCCUGUCUUGCAAUGACUGUUCGAUGAUGAAUGUAUCAAUGAUGGUUAUUUAAAAAGUAUAUAGAGAGGCCUAGACUCUAGAAAUAUGAUUCCUU